GGUGCUUUGGCUGCGAACCCUCCGUCGCGCAGCUUAGGUUUACAUCAGGCGCCUAAACAAAUAGCUGGGCUUAAUUUUUUUAGUUUAUUUUUAACACAUUGUGUCACUUUACCGUCUCGGUGAUGUUUGAAUGGAUCGUUAGCAGCCUGAGUUCUUUUUUCGUGCCCCCUUCUUCCCGCCCUACAGUGAGCCGAUCUUCAGCCAAUUCGAAGAGCAGCUCUUCAGUUCAAGCAUCGGUUUUGGCAAGACAGCGCACGCCCACCGAGGCAGUCAGUCCGAUCAAGAGGAACUACCGAAGCAUUCAGACAUCUAGUGAUGAUGAAGAGUGGAUUGAGAGCAAACGACCUCGUCUAGAUGCUAUUUUUGACUUUGUUAAAAGAGCUGUUGGUGUCUUUGGUUUUUACAAAUCUUUGCCAUCUCCACAAACAGAUUCUCAGGCUACAACGACACAUAUAUUUGAAGUGAGAGAAUGUGACAGCUGCAAAAAAAGCAGGAUUGGCAGAAUGGACCUAAAGACCGAGAUAUGUGCAGCAGGCAUUAUCAAAGAAGGAGGAAAAUCUUGCUUAAGUCACCAGACCCAGGCUGCAGCAUCUUUUAUAAAGCAGAGGGUGGCAGGAUCGGAAAAUUGUUCAGUUAAGCAAAAAUUCAGCGAUUUAAAAGAUUCCUAUAAUAGAAGAUUUCUUCCAUCUACACAGUCUUCGGGCACUGUACUGUCUAACACAUCCAGCUCAACAAGAAACCCGAAUUCACUCUGUUUAACACUAAAGGAGGGUUUUCCUGAGCGUGAUCAAGAACAGUACUGGAAUCUUUUAGAGCUGGUUUCUGAGGAAUACCUUAAACAGAGCAAGCAAACAACGUUGCUUAGUAGGCCUAAGACAUGCGUGUCGUCUUGUUGCCAGCCAGUGUAUUACAAACCACUUUUGAAAAAAACAACUUGUACAAACACUACAGCACAAUCUGUACAUGUUAAAGCUACCUCCACUGCUUCAGAGCCUGAUGAUAUUUGCCUUUCAAGACCAGUACCACAUAGAAAAAUUGAUGGUCAUUACCAAAGUACAUUUGAGCAUGUUUCAGAAAAUAAUCCAGGAUGCGAAGAACUCAUCAGAGGAAAGCGACAACCUGAAGAUGUGGAUCUUUCUGCUGAGGUUGAAGCACGCUUACGUUUAGUGGAUAGAGAAGCAGAUGAUACAGCUAGAAAGUCUUUUUUGGAUACAUCAGUAUCAUCAAAAGAGAUUAAAGCUACAGAGGAUUUCCCAAAACUAACAAAGGAUAUGGAAGAUGAAGUUCAGAAAGCUUUGAGUCACAGUAAUCCUGAUGAAGUUCUCAGCAGUGCCUUCAAACAAAGAAUAACUUGCAGAGACCUCCAAACCUUGGGUCAUCAGAGGUGGCUGAACGAUGAGGUGAUAAACUUCUAUAUGAACCUCUUGAUAACUCGCAGUGAACAAGAAGGUGGACUGAAAGUCUAUGCUUUCAAUACUUUCUUCUUUCCUAAACUCUGUGCUGGGGGUUACCAGGCUGUAAGAAGGUGGACCAAAGGAAUGGAUAUUUUUGAGAAAGAUGUCAUCUUUGUGCCUCUUCACUUGGGUGUACACUGGUGUUUGGCUGUAGUAGAUUUCAGAGUCAAAGAAGUAAAAUACUAUGACUCGACAUACAGAAGAAAUGAUGACAUCUGUUGGAUUUUAUUGCAUUACUUGAAAGAAGAAUAUAAAUUCAAGAAAAAGGAAGACCUGCACAUUUACAAAUGGACUGUGACUAGUGCAAAACCAGGCGAGGUUCCCCAACAGAUGAAUGGCAGUGACUGUGGUGUUUUUGCUUGCAAAUACGCUGAUUACAUAGCAAGAGAUAAGCCCAUAAACUUUACACAGAAAAACAUGCCUUAUUUCCGAAGGAGAAUGGUGUGGGAAAUUCUAAAUCAGAAGCUACUGUAAUAGACUGAGCAGUCCGAAGACUGCACUGGACUGCAACGCAAAUACCUCAGCCUUUAUACUGAAUUAGUUGUUUAACCCCUACUUGGACUUUUUUAGUCUAAAUAACACAAUUUGCUUCUUUUUUUGAUUGGUACCUCUAGGCAGCAAACCUUACAGUAUUGAAAAAAAAGUUUUUUAAAGUUCAAGAAAUUUGCUGCUCUAUGAAUUGUUUUUCCUGUACAUAAACUAGCAUGGUAGGAAACUGUGUGUAUAUAGUAUUUAUCUAAGCGUGCAAAAAAUGCAACUUAAAUAGAUCAUUUCAUUUUUGUUGCAUCAUAUUUGAACAAAAGAUUACAUUAAUCUGUUAGUAAACUUUAUACUGUCACCAAGGACAGGAAUUCUGGGACUUUUAUAACCUUGCUAUUCACUACUUAACAUGCAUUUGCAAAUAAGUUUGCAUUGCACUCUGUGGCAGUCUAUAGAGGUUAAUAUCUUUUUAAUAAAAAGAUGUUCAAACACUGUUCUGUCCAAGCAGCCAUGUUGAUAAAGAUAAAAGUAAAAGUAAUGGCUUGGUUUGUUUUUUAUAUAAGUGACCUAUUUACAAAAAUGUAAAUGUGUACAAGUUUAUAAAAAAUAAACUGAAAGAAACUGGAAUAAUGCUUGUUUCUUAUUCAGAAAAACAUAUAUAGACUAAACGUGGAGUCAUGCUUUUAUAAGGUAACAGCCAGGAGCAUUAUAUUUUAAUUCACUGUUUUGAUUAUCUGAUCAUGGCAUGUGUUAAUUUUAAACGGCAUUGAGGUGGUACACUGUACGUAAUUUAUUUGUUAUAUAUACUCUGUUUUAAAUAGUUCAUAUCUGCACUACUGUCUUUAUUUUUGAAUACACAACUGCUUACUAAUCAGGUGUAUGUGUGAUUUGUCUUUGAAACUCCCGAUUCAGACAUGAACGGCCAAGAGUUUUUACUGCUAGCUUAGGAGUCAAGUGCAAGUGUUUGUGUUUCUUAUAACUUUAGCACAGUUAUUAAAGGCUCCCACUAAAGUGAGGGUGUUGUCAUUGUUAGCAUCUUGCUAGAACAUUUACAGACAUAACAGGAAAUACAGUAUGAGGAUUUCAAAAUGGUGUUGAACUGUUCAUUUUAGAUAUUGGUUUAAAAAUACAUGAGUACAGAACAUUGUUGUGAGGCGUUGAUUAUACAAAUGCCAUCUGAACGUAACAAGUCAUGUGAACACUAGGCUGUUUAGUUGUUGUCACCAGUGCUCCCAUGAUGCCAUUUUUAAAACACUCCGAGACUGGCUUUUGUUUCUAUUUGUUAAUUUUAUUUUGCACUUUAAUGAUGAAAACUGAAUUGCUGAUAAUUUAUACAUGGAAAUACGUUUGUAAUUGAAAGUGCCCUAUUUCACAUCAUUUGUUUAUUAGCAUGUUAUGUAAUUAUGAUGCGGUGGAAUUCCCAAAUGUGAUUUUUAUGUUGAAGAAGAACUGUCAUAUAUUUUAAUAGUAAAAAAAUAUCUUUUAUGUGGGGGGAAGCAGCCAUUCUUACACAAAUUUCUAGAGAAGAGUGUACUAGGGACAACACUUGUCUGGUGUCGACUCAUGGAAGAACUCAAAUCCCCGGAAUUUGGAUGAAAACCAUAUAUAUUGAAGAAUGCACUCCUUUCCAUGUGGUGUACUACUAUAUAUAGACUUCUUCUUCUUGUUCUUCUUGUUUCGGCUGCUCCCA